UGCUCUGUGUGCAGAUACUACAACGACAGCAAGCACAGGAAGCUGGACGAGUUCCGCUCCAGAGACCGCCUGGACGUGAAGGACCACUCCCACUCGGACCACCGCUCCUCCUACCGAUACCACCCGGACUGGCAGGCGGAGCAGCGCGCCUCGGCCAGCGUUCCCCCCCGAUCCCCCCGGGACCAGCGCUCGCCCUACGACUCGCGCUCGCCCAUGGGACACCGCUCGCCCUUCGACUACUCGUCAGACCACAAGAGCACACCGGAGCAGAUCUGGAGCAGCCGCAAGACAUAACAGCAGCUCCCAGGUCUGCUGGUAGCAGCCAUAGACUCCGAAAAAAAACACAGCAAAUGCCUUACAGGGACUGUGAACUCACUGCAGCUGCAGGAAGAAACACUGUGCAUCCACUGCAGCUGCUUCAUCUCGGGAACGCCAGGCAGCAGAUUAAAAAAAACAAAUCAUAUUUUUGUAUUAAAGAGUUUAAAGCUGCAGCGAGACGGCACGCAGCGAUUUUUGUUAUUUUUAUAAACUUUUCUUAACUCUGGAAACUGACACAAUUGACCCCGAGAGCUGCCUCAUAUUCCCAACCAAUGACACUGGAUCCUGUUGUUCUCUGUUUCGUCUGUCCGUCUCCAUCAUGCUCGAUGUGAUUAUCUACCUUAUUUAAGUGUUAACUCGAUGAGAAGUCACACAGAAAGAAUCGCUUCACAAGUCGAUGUUUAAAGGUGUCCGGCUCGGGCUCACCACCUGGCGUACCUCAUGUUCAGCAUUUCUCAUUUUUCCCUCAGCAGGUUUCUUCGUUUUCCAACCAGGCGUGAAUUAUUUAAUAACAUAUCUUAGCUGUAAAAAAAUAACCUGGAUUGUUGUUUUUGGUUUUUUUGGGAGCGUGAGGUGUAUCAUGAUUUUUUUCCCCCUCUUCAUUAAUACUGUUGUACAUUUUUGUAAAAUAGUAAAUCGGUGGUCUUUUUUCCUCAGGCUUUUUGGAUUUAUUAUGACUCUACUUUUCCCCCAUCAACUCAGGCUUUUUUGUCGUCCUACGAGUGAGUUUCUGUAAAAUAGUUCUUUCAUGAUAAUGCUUUCAGAAUGUAAUUUUUGGUAAAGGGAAAGAAUCUUUAAUGACAGUUUUAUUUACUAAUGCUUCGUUCUUCUGCUCGGUAAGUUGAGAAGAAACUGACUUUUUUAAAUCAUUGUUUGAGAUAAAAGUCAAGUUCCUUCCACGAAGAAGCACCAGUUCUGUUAGAUCUUAAAUAAACUCGACUUUUUACACUUUU